AUGGGGGACUCAACAGAAGUGAGCGGCAAUCUGGGAGACGGCAGUGUAAUCGAGUUCACGGGCAAAAUAAUGGUGGUCUCAAUUGUUCUCGUCUUAUUCGUCGUUGUUUUCAUCUCCGCCGUCCAUCUAUAUGCCAAAUGGUUCUGGCACCGCCGCCGGGAAACCACGACCGCCACCUCAGCCACCGUUCGCCGCCGUUUCAACUUCACCGCUGGCACCGCCUUGAGCCGCGGCCUCGACCCGAGCAUCCUCAAAACCCUACCAGUGGUGACAUUCGACUCGAGUCUCUUCAAAGACGGAUUGGAAUGCGCAGUUUGUUUGUGUGAGGUUUCUGAAGGUGAAAAGGCUCGGCUUUUGCCCAAAUGCAAUCAUGGGUUUCAUCUGAAUUGCAUAGACAUGUGGUUCCAAUCACACUCCACUUGCCCGCUCUGUAGAAACCCUGUUGCAAAUCAAAAGGAUAUGGAUUCGGGUGAUGAUUUGCAUCUUGAGAGCAUAAUUCAAGAUCCGAUUGCGGAAACCCCGAGUUUCCCGACAAACGUGUUGUUUUGGGGAGACGAGAGCCGAGUGAAUGCAUUAGGUCCUUGUUUGGAUGAAGAGAAUCGAAGCAGUGCUAACUCAGAACCAUCAUCAUCGUCGAGUAAUAAUCCUGAAGGGAUUUUGGUCAUUGAUAUUCCAAGACAGGUAAAUGAAGAGGACGAGCAAAAAUCUCCAAUGCCAACGAGAAUAAGGUCGUUAAAGAGACUUUUGAGUGGUAAUAGACGGGUUAAUCCUUCUAGUCCGAGAAAUGUGGAUCUUGAACAAGGCGGUAGAUCGGGACUAAGUUGA